AAUCAUGAUCUUCAGUUUAGAAUUCAGUUUGAUUAAUCAGCGGUGUUUGCGGGAUGGAGAAAAAGUGUGACAUCAAUCAGGCCCCGAGGACUGGAGUUGCCCACCCCUGGUUUACAGGAUGAUUUGUAUCUUAAAGAGCGUAGCUUUAAGGGAUUAGUACCAUCACAUCUAGAUAAAAACGAUUGUGAAAAAUGAACAGUGUAUUAAAACAGAACCAUACUCAUGGAAGUAUUUAUUCAUCAUUUACAAAUACAUUAUGCUUCUACUUCGGUGUACAGGAAAUCAUUAUUUGUAAGACGUAAGAGAAAAUAUAUCAGCUUAUUGUUAAAUUAUUAUGUUGCUCUAUCCAAUACAAAAAGUGUAAUAACUAUUGUUUCCAAACUGCGUUACCCACUCCAGUCAGCAGAUGGCGAUGUGCGUCUUUCAGGUGAUGAUUCUUGCGUGACGUAUAAUGGACUGGACGGGACGCUUCUUCAGGAACAACAACACGGCUACUCUUUCAACCACCUCGGUAGCUUGCAAGCCAACAUAAAACCGAAAGAUUGACACUUUAGACCAUGUUAAUGUACAUUAGCUAAUCUCAGUGUUGUAAACGCAGUUAAAUUGAUGUAUCAACUGGUUAACUUUAACGUAAUUUGCAUGUUCAAUUUGCAAAGUUGUUAAUUAAACACUGAUACUGAGCCAAGUCGCUAAUGCUACCUUACUAGCACUAGGCUAGUCGCUAAUUCUAACAUCCCGGACCAUGAGUUCACUAAACUACUCCUCCCCUGCUAAAGAAGAGGAGGCCUGCUGUAUGCAGAAUGAAGCUUUGGGGCUGAACAUUGUCGUGAAAGAAGAAGAUGAUGUUAUUGAGGAAGAACAUUUUAGAGAGGAAGAGGAUGCUAUCGCAGAAGAGGUGAAGAAGGAAGACGUUUUGAGUGUGAAAGAGGAGGAGACAGAAUAUCAGAUUGACACCAGAGAGAGACAUGACUAUUAUGGAUCCUCUGGGGAGCCUCAAAAACAUCCUGAUGCUGACCAGGCAGAGAAGAUUCUCUCCGGAUCAGAACACCAGAUGGACAACGCUAGCCCUUCCUCUCUCCCAGAGUCCCCAUGUCGUGUCUCUCCCGGUAGCACCUUACUGCUGGGUAUGAAGAGGUUGUCUGUGCUGCUGGUGGACUGCAGGAAAACAACGGGGCUGAGUAGAACUGUGAGAGGUGGAGAAGAGAAGAAAGCAUCAGAUUUGACUCAUCUAAGAGAAAGACCAGACUCAGAGGAACCAGAGCCAGGGACGUCCAAACCAGCAAGAAGACACCAGUGUUCCCAGUGUGGAAAGUGUUUUAAUGAUUUGGGGAAGCUGGAACGACACGAGAGAAUACACAGAGGGGAGAAGCCUUACCACUGCUACCAGUGUGGAAAGGGUUGUAACGAUUUGGGGAAGCUGAAACUACAUGAGAGAAUACACACAGGGGAGAAGCCCUACCACUGUUCCCAGUGUGGAAAGAGUUUUAGCCAGGCAGGUAACAUGAAAAUACACGAGAGAAUACACACAGGGGAGAAACCUUACCGCUGCUCUCAGUGUGGCAAGUGUUUUAUCCUGUUAGGGGCCCUGAAGCAACAUGAGAUAAUACACACUGGGGAGAAGCCUUACCACUGCUCCAAGUGUGGGAAGAGUUUUAAUCGGUUACACGCCCUCAAAUAUCAUGAGCGUAUACACACAGGACAGAAACCUUACCACUGCUCCCAGUGUGGAAAGACUUUUAACCAUUUAGGGGAAUUCAAAAAUCAUGAGAGAAUACACACAGGAGAGAGACCUUACCAUUGCUCUCAGUGUGGCAAGUGUUUUAACCUAAUAAGGUCCCUGAAACAUCACGAGAGAAUACACACGGGGGAGAAGCCUUACCACUGCUCCCAGUGUGGGAAAAGUUUUAACCAGUUAGGGAGCCUGAAAAGACACGAGAGAAUACACACAGGGGAGAAGCCUUACCACUGCUCCCAGUGUGGAAAGUGCUUCAACCAGUCAGGGGAUCUGAAAAAACAUGAGAGAAAACACACAGGGGUGUUGCCAGUGGCAAGACCAGACUCAGAGGAACCAGAGCCAGGGACGUCCAAACCAGCAAGACGACACCAGUGCUCCCACUGUGGAAAGGGUUGUAACCGGUUAUGGGACCUGUUACAGCAUGAGAGAAUACACACAGGGGAGAAGCCUUACGACUGCUCCCAGUGUGGAAAGAGUUUUAACGUUUUAGGGAACCUAAUUCGGCAUGAUAGAAUACACACUGGGGAGAAGCCUUACCACUGCUCCCAGUGUGGAAAGUGUUUCAACCAGUCAGGGGAGCUGAAACUGCAUGAGAGAAUACACACAGGGGAGAAGCCUUACCAAUGCUCCCAGUGUGGAAAGAGUUUUAGCAGGUCAGGGGAGCUGAAAAUGCAUGAGCGAAUACACACAGGUGAGACGCCUUACCACUGCUCCCAGUGUGGAAAGAGUUUUAACGUUUUAGGGAACCUGAUACGGCAUGAGAGAAUACACACUGGGGAGAAGCCUUACCACUGCUCCCAGUGUGGAAAUUGUUUCAACCAGUCAUGGGAGCUGAAACGGCACGAGAGAAUACACACAGGGGAGACACCUUACCACUGCUCCAACUGUGGAAAGCGUUUUGGUGAUUUAGGGAAGCUGAAAAGACAUGCGAGAAUACACACAGGGGAGAAGCCUUACCACUGCUCCCAGUGUGGAAAUCGUUUUGGUGAUUUAGGGAAGCUAAAACGACAUGAGAGAAUACACACAGGGGAGAAGCCUUACCACUGCUCCCAGUGUGGAAAGUGUUUUAACCGGUUAGAUGCCCUGAAACAACAUGAGAGAAUACACACAGCGGAGAAGCCUUACCAUUCCUUCCAGGGUGCAAAUAUUGUUGACUGAUAAUGUGUUUAUCUGUUUUUACCAUAUGAAAUUGCUUCUUCCAAUUAUUGAUAAACAUGUACCUGUUAAGAAACUGACUGUUAGAACUGUUAAGGCUCCAUGGAUUGAUGAGGAAUUUAAAAACUGUAUGUUUGAAAGAGAUGGGGCAAAAGGAGUGGCUAAUAAGUCUGGCUGCACAUCUGGCUGGCUUACAUACUGCAAAUUGAGAAAUGUGACCAAACUCAAUUAAAAUAAUCAACUUUAUUAUGAAGCCAAGAUCAAUGAUAUAAAGAAUGAUGGAAAAAAACA